AUGUCUGAGACAACCAAAGGAGAGACUCCCGUGAAUGUCCUCGAAGGUGGCGCACUCGACGAACGGUAUUACAAUCUCCAGGAGGAUGAGCUCGCCUUCUUCAAGGCCCAGACAGGUAUCCAAGAUGAAGGUGAGCUGAAGCAGCACAUCAUGAAAGCCCAAGAGAGCGCAUAUAAAUCCGAUGUAUGGAGUGGACUUUCACGCCUCUACGAGGCGCAUUUCUCGACGAUGGGGAAGGGGAUGAGCUACCACUUUGAAGUAAUGCUCACCACGCUGGAUCUGGUCUGCAGGUCUAUCCGUAUCCGUGUAUUCGCCGCUUUGCUUUCACCAAGUAUGUUUGUGCGCAAGGACUAUUCUGGAUGA